AUGGUUCUUGCAACAAACUCCUCGAUUGUAGACUUAAGACUAGUAUCAUUGGUGACUUUAGGACCACAAAAGGAUCUCAUACCUGAAAUACCUUUGAUCCUUAUAAUUACCGUUACACUGACCAGCCUAAUUUUAUCAACUUUGACGGAAACCAACUCCCUGCAAGAAUUCCUUCGAAUGAGGCGAGCGCCAAAGCGAUACUGUGGGAGACAACUUGUGGACAUUCUAAACCUUCUGUGUGAGGGUCAGUACUACGAUCCGUUUGGCUCAAUGUUUAAAAGAACUGCACAAGAUCAAGAACUUGCAGAUAACUUCUAUCCACCGAUACCCUUGAACUACAUACCUUACAAUGGAAUUUCGAAUGCAACUUUUGGUCGUGGCCGAUAUAAACGAGGUAUAGUAGAAGAAUGCUGCAGAAAGGCUUGUUCUCCAAACGUUCUGGUAACUUACUGCGCCAAGUAA